UAAAAUAUGUCACCGGCCUCAUUGACACUGGAAAAUUACCAAGGACACUGCCUAGUCUUCGGGUUUCUAAUUAAUUGAACUAAAUCUAAUUAUAUUAUAUGUGUUAAUUAUCUCGUGUUGAAAACUUCACUGUUUGUGUACAAAACUGGGCCAACUGCAUGUUUGAGGGUCGGUGUUCCAUCACUUUCCUGGUUAAUUAUUUAAUUUAAUCACAUCUUUACGUCGUUAAUUGGUUUUCCCCUAUUUUACAGAAAAAGGGGAAAUGGCUUUUAAUCAACAAGAAAUCAGUCGAUGAACUUUCCUCGGCCUCCUUCCUUUUUUGUUUGGACUUUAUAUCAAACAUUCUACUGAUUUACGAAUGAUAUUGGCACAAAAACGACUUCUGUACAUUGGAUACAUCUGGAAUAUCUAUCAUGUCUUAAAGACUAAAGGAAACUGUCUUAGGGAACAGAUAUAAUAACCCUACUGCUAAAAAUCUAGGGCUGGAUUGCUGUGAAAUAUUGGCUCUCACCUGAGAUUCAUAGCAACAUUUCUCUAUUUUAUUACCUGGUGUUUUUGCAUUCUAAUUAAACUUGAAUAUAUUUCUAAAGGGGUUUGCAGCAUCUUUAGACAUCGAUAACGAUCACAGUUGAUUACCACAGAGGUAUUUGUGUAAAAACAGACACAGGAAAACUAUUGAAAUAUUGUGAUGAACAAAGAAUAAUUUCAAGGGAUUAAUGUAAUAGGGUGAAACAGCUAAAGGAUUUGGUUUUAUUUUUAUUCCUUGGAGAAAUGUCAAAAGAUACACAAGAAUCAUCAGACCACUCUGAUAUCAGUGAUAAACCAUUCUGUGAAAAUGAUAAUUUAAAAGAGCAAAAAUGUAAUCCUUCAGAAGGAAAACGAUAUCAUUGUGAUAUCUGUGGUAAAUCAUUCGCAGUAAAUACCAACUUAACUAGACACAAACGUGUUCAUACAGGGGAGAAACCGUUUCACUGUGACAUUUGUAGUAAAUCUUUCUCUCAACUCUGUAACUUGACUUCUCACAAACGUACCCAUACAAGAGAGAAGCCAUAUCACUGUGAUAUCUGUGGUAAAUCAUUCUCUGUUAGUAGUGCCUUAACUACUCACAAACGUAUUCACACAGGAGAGAAACCAUUUCACUGUGAUAUUUGUGGUAAAUCCUUCUCUGCAAAUAGUAGUAGAACUCAACAUGAACGUAUUCAUUCGGGAAACACACCGUUCCACUGUAAUAUCUGUGGCAGACCAUUCUCUGCAAGUGGCGACUUAACUAAACACAAACAUACUCAUACAGGAGAGAAGCCAUUUCACUGUGAAAUUUGUGGUAAAUCAUUCUCUGCAAGUGGCAACUUAACUAAACACAAGCAUAUUCAUACAGGAGAGAAGCCAUUUCAUUGUGAUGUCUGUGGUAAAUCAUUCUCUGCAAACAGUACCUUAACUCAGCACAAACGCGUCCAUACAGGGGAGAAGCCAUUUCCCUGUAAUAUUUGUGGUAAAUCAUUCUCUCAAAGUGCUAACUUAUCUACACACAAACGUUUUCAUACAGGAGAGAAACCGUUCCAUUGUGAUAUCUGUGGUAAAUCAUUUUCUAUAAAUAGUGACAGAACUAGACACGAACGUAUUCAUUCAGGAAACAUGCCAUAUCAGUGUGAUAUCUGUGGCAAAUCCUUUUCUGCAAGCGGUAAUUUAGCUAAGCACAAACGAAGUCAUACAGGGGUCAAGCCAUUUCACUGUAAUAUCUGUGGUAAAUUAUUCUCUUCAAGCAGUAAUUUAACCAAACACAGACGAACUCAUACAGGAGAGAAACCAUUUGGCUGUGAAAUCUGUGGUAAAUCAUUCAUUACAAGCAGUAAUUUAACCAAACACAGACGUGUUCAUACAGGAGAGAAACCAUUUCACUGUGAUAUUUGUGGUAAAUCCUUCUCUGCAAAUGGUACUUUAACUCUACACAAACGCAGUCAUACAGGGGAGAAGCCAUAUCAUUGUGAUGUCUGUGGUAAAUCAUUCUCUCAAAAUAUUGUAUUAACUACACACAAACGUAUUCAUACAGGAGAGAAACCAUAUCAGUGUGAUAUCUGUGGUAAAUCAUUCUCCCAUAAUAGUGUCUUAACUACACACAAAUCUAUUCAUACAGGAAAGAGACCAUUUCAGUGUGAUAUCUGUGGUAAAUCAUUCUCACAAAGCAAUCACUUAACCGAACACAUACGUAUUCAUACAGGAGAGAAACCAUAUCACUGUGAUAUCUGUGGUAAAUCAUUCUCUCACAGUAGUCAAUUAACAAAACACAGACGUAUUCAAACAGGAGAGAAACCAUAUCACUGUGAUGUCUGUGGUAAAUCAUUCUCUGCAAAUAGUACCUUAGUUAUACACAAACGUAUUCAUACAGGAGAGACACCAUAUCAUUGUGAUAUCUGUGGUAAAUCUUUCUCUGAAAAUAUUGCAUUAACAAAACACUAUUACAUUCAUACAGGGGAGAAGCCAUAUCAGUGUGAUAUCUGUGGUAAAUCAUUCUUUCAGAAUACUAACUUAACACAACACAAACGUGUCCAUACGGGGGAGAGACCAUACCAUUGUGAUAUCUGUGGUAAAGUGUUCUCUCAAAGUAUUCACUUAACUAAACACAGAUCUAUUCAUACAGGAGAGAAACCAUAUCAGUGUGAUAUCUGUGGUAAAUCAUUCUCCCAUAAUAGUGUCUUAACUACACACAAACGUAUUCAUACAGGAGAGACACCAUAUCAUUGUGAUAUCUGUGGUAAAUCUUUCUCUGAAAAUAUUGCAUUAACAAAACACUAUUACAUUCAUACAGGGGAGAAGCCAUAUCAGUGUGAUAUCUGUGGUAAAUCAUUCUUUCAGAAUACUAACUUAACACAACACAAACGUGUCCAUACGGGGGAGAGACCAUACCAUUGUGAUAUCUGUGGUAAAGUGUUCUCUCAAAGUAUUCACUUAACUAAACACAGAUCUAUUCAUACAGGAGAGAAACCAUAUCAGUGUGAUAUCUGUGGUAAAUCAUUCUCCCAUAAUAGUGUCUUAACUACACACAAACGUAUUCAUACAGGAGAUAAACCAUAUCACUGUGAUGUCUGUGGUAAAUCAUUCUGUCAAAAUAGUAGCUUAAUGAAACACAAAUAUAUUCAUACAGGAGAGACACCAUAUCGUUGUGAUAUAUGUGGCAAAUCCUUUUCUCAUAUUAGUAUCUUUACUAGACAUAAACGUAUUCAUACAGAAGAGAAACCAUGUCAUUGUGAUAUCUGUGGUAAAUCAUUCUCUCAGACUAAUCACUUAACUACACACCAACGCGUUCAUACAGGAGAAAAGCCAUAUCACUGUGAUGUCUGUGGUAAAUCUUUCUCUCAAAGUGGUCACUUAACUGGUCACAAACUUAUUCAUACAGGUGAGAAACCAUAUCAUUGUGACAUCUGUGGUAAAUCAUUCUCUCAAAGUGCUCACUUAUCUACACACGUACGUAUUCACACGGGAGAGAAACCAUAUCAGUGUGUUAUCUGUAGUAAAUCAUUCUCUGAAAAUACUGCCUUAACAAAGCACAAUCGUACUCACACAGGAGAGAAACCAUAUCAGUGUGAUAUCUGUGGUGUAUCGUAUUGUCAUAAUCGUGCCUUAAUUAUACACAAGCGUGUUCAUACAGGAGAGAGACCAUAUCACUGUGAUAUCUGUGGUAAAGCAUUCUCUUCAAAUAGUGUUUUAGCUAGACACAAACGUACACAUACAGGUGAAAAACCAUUUCACUGUGAUAUCUGUGGUAAAUCAUUCCCUGAAAGUGGUACCUUAUCUAAACACAAACGUACUCAUACAGGAGAGAGACCAUAUCACUUCGAUAUUUGUGGUAACUCAUACACAGCAAAUAUUGAUGGAACUAAACCUAUUCAUUCAGGAGAGAAACCAAAUGACUGUGAUAUUUGUGAUAAAUCAUUCACUAACCGUGGUAGUGUUACUGCUCACAAACGUACUCAUACAGGAGAGAAGCCAUAUCAGUGUGAUAUCUGCGGUAAACCAUUCUCUCAGAAUGGUGCCUUAACUAUACACAAACGUGUUCAUACAGGAGAGAAACCAUAUCAGUGUGAUAUUUGCGAUAAAUCAUUCUCUCAAAAAGUUAUCUUAAUUAAACACAUUCGUAUUCACACAGGAGAGAAACCAUAUCGUUGUGAUGUCUGUGGUAAAUCAUUCUCUCAAAGUAUUCACUUAACUGACCACAUACGUGUUCAUACAGGAGAGAAACCCUAUCAUUGUGAUAUCUGUGGUAAAUCGUUCUCUCAUAGUAGUAGCUUCAAGAAACACAAAUGUGUUAUUUAUACUGGAGAGAAACCAUAUCAGUGUGAUAUCUGUGGUAAAUCAUUCUCUCAAAAAAGUCACUUAACUAGGCACAAAUUUAUUCAUACAGGAGAGAAAUCAUAUCAGUGUGAUAUCUGUGGUAAAUCAUUCUCUCAAAAAAUUCACUUAACUAAGCACAAUUUUAUUCACACAGGGGAGAAAGGAAAGAGCUAGCUUCCACAAUUUUUUGUUUGCUGUUUAUCUUUAAUGAUCUUCUGCUCUGUGCAAUUGAAAUUAAAGCAUUUUCAAAACUUA